AAGUUUUUUUUUUUUUUUGCACACACCCUUCUCGGGCUGCAAGCUUAUUUCCUCUACUUCACUUCAGUGCAUGGCAGUUAAAUGACUCAGCUCAGCAAGACAACCUCCACAUGUGAGACUCAAUGGAAAAUGUUGCUUCUUCAAGUCUUCACACUCAUAUAUCUGACCUCUGUCUGUGCAGCUCAGGAUGGAACUGCAAUCUCAAGUCUGGGUGGAACCACCUCUGUGCCUCCAACCACCUACAAUCCUCCUGAGGCUUUCCUGCAGCUGACUUCAGCUUUCUCAGAAGUUUUCACAUCUGAGAAAGUAGUUUUAAAAUGUAGUAUCAGUAGCAGUUCUGGCUGGACCUUCAUCUGGGAGAAAGACGGAAAACAGCUGUCUCAAAAUGCAGAUAUUUCUUUUCACGAUUCAGAGCUCACAAUAACUGCAAAUAGUAUAGAUCUUUCUGGACAAUAUACCUGCAGAGGAAAGGAGCAGGGAAAAGGUCGCAGUAGCAAAAUUAGUCAACCAAUUGAGGUGCGAGUUAAUGCCAACAUUCCAAAGCUCACUAUAAGCAGAAGUCCAAACUUUGACAGAUUCUAUCCUGGAGAAUUAAUCAGCUUCACAUGCAAAGUUGAUGUCACCUCUGCAUGGAAUUAUCAGUGGUAUAAGGAUGGGGCACAAAUCACAGAUGCCAACAGUAACACCUAUGAAAUAGCCUCUCUGAAGCCUUCCGACAAGGGACAGUACCACUGCAAAGUCCAGAGAGGCAAAGGCCCAUUAUACGAGAGUAACAAGGAAUCAGUACAAGUUGCUGAACCACCUAUCCCUAUUUUAAGCCUGGAAACCCCCUGGUCAGAUGUGUUUUUAACUGAAGUAUUGAAAUUUAGCUGUACAGUACCUAGCGCCGAUUGGACACUUACUUGGUACAAAGAUCAAAAAGACCUGAGUAAAGAGGGACCAUCUCUCGAGAUCCCUUCCGUCAAACAAAACGAUGGAGGAGAAUACACCUGCAAAGCCCGGCUGAAAUCCAGAGGAGUCACAUCUGGAUCAAGUGACCCAAAAGUUAUCACUGUGCAAGACAACAAACCCAAACCUGUUCUUACCAGAAGUCCAGACUUCUCUCUAAUGUACCCUGGAGAAUCGAUCAUCUUCACAUGUACUGUUGAUAUGUACUCUGGAUGGGAAUAUGAGUGGUAUCAUAAAGGGGUGAAACAGCAAUCAUCCAGCAGUAAAACAUUUACAGUAGGUUCUCUGACCCUUGGUGGCAGUGGAGAGUACCGAUGCCUUGCUAAGAGAGGCCAGCUGAGAACAGACCAGAGUGACCCUGUUUCCCUGCAAGUCUCUGACCCACCAAAGCCAAUCCUGAAGCUGCUGAGCCCCUGGUCAGAUGUUUUUCAAAACGAGGUCUUGAAGUUUAGCUGUGAAGUGAGCAGUUCUGAGUGGACCGUCACGUGGCACAGAAAUCAAAUUCUAAUUCCAAAUGAAAACGGGUUAGUGCUCAACAUCGCAGCUGCCAAAGUGAGCGAUGGAGGGGAGUACUCCUGCAAAGCUCACCAAAAGCACAGAGGAGUGAGCUCUGCAUUCAGCAACACAUCUACUGUGUCCGUUUAUGACAGUUUACCGACACCCACAUCAAACAUUGAUCUGAGUUUUAGCCCAAUGUAUAUUGGAGAAACUGUGAAAUUAAAAUGCACAGUAAGUGUUUCUUCUGGCUGGAGUUAUCACUGGUACAAAGAUGGAAAAGAGCUGAACAAACCGGGCAAAGAGCUAAACAUACAGCUGACUCUUUCUGAUAAUGGAGGAUAUACUUGCGAAGCCAGAAGAGGUGAAAAAACAUCAACAGGACGAAGUAAAGAAACACAACUGGAUGUUCGAGAAAUCCCUGUUCCAUUACUGAGUAAAAAAACACAGUGGCUGGAUGUGUUCCCCUCCGAGAGCGUGCAGCUGAGCUGCAGGAUGGAGGGAAGUUCCAACUGGACAUUCAUAUGGUACAAAGAUUCAGAGGAGUAUCAUGAAGGCAAUGUCACUAAUAGUGAAGUGGAAGGCAUUCUUUCCAUCAGUCAAGCUUCAUCCUCACACCGUGGAAAAUACAGCUGCUCAGGAAGACUGACGGGCAGAACUGUCAGCAGCAACCGCAGCUCUCAAGUCGAGCUUACAGUCUAUGACAGUUUACCGACACCCACAUUAAGCAGAGAUCCGAUUUUUACCCCAAUGUUUAUUGGAGAAACUGUGAAAUUAAAAUGCACAGUAAGCGUUUCUUCUGGCUGGAGUUAUCACUGGUACAGAGAUGGAAAAGAGCUGAACAAACCGGGCAAAGAGCUAAACAUACAGCUGACUCUUUUUGAUAAUGGAGGAUAUACUUGCGAAGCCAAAAGAGGUGAAAAAACAUUAACAGGACGAAGUAAAGAAACACAACUGGAUGUUCGAGAUGGAAAACCAACGGUCAAACUGCUGCAGAAUCCCUCGGAUAAGUUGAUGCACACCAGUGAUUCGAUUUCCUUCACCUGUCAUGUCAAUGUCUCCUCCGGAUGGAAAUACGCAUGGUACAAAGAUAGCAAUCCAUUGAAGUCAUCUGGAAACAACAUUCACCAAAUUGCUUCUGCUAAGACGUCAGACAGUGGAUCAUAUAAGUGCCGAGUUGAAAGGCAAACACCAACAACAUUUUCCUCAGAGAGUGAGGCUGUAGAACUUAAAAUUGACGAGCGUCCAAAGGCCAAUAUAGUCCUCUUAACUUCUUGGUCUGAGGUAUUUUCCACUGACAGUUUAAAGCUACAAUGUGACGUGAUGGACAGUUCAGAUUCGUGGAACUAUACAUGGCAUAAAGAGGGCAUUAAUGUCAGUCAGUCGCCUUCAUCGAUAUACAAGGUCACGCCACAUAAUGACCCAGAGCAGAGCUCAUACACCUGUGAGGGCAUUCGCACUGAGAGACCACUGUUUUCAGUACGCAGCGACUCCUACAGAACCAAGAACCUACUUUUAAAAAGGAGGAUUCUUCUUUCCAUCUCUGGUUGUCUUUUCUUUGGCAUCAUAGCCGUUUUCAUCGGAUGCGUUGCCCUAAGAAUCUGUCGUAAACCAGUUGCUGCAGAUGACAAGCAAGAAGAGACCAAUCUGUUUCUCACCAUGGCUCAGUUAAAGGACCGAAAUGAUGCACCCUGUCCUCUGGUUGAGUACAUCACUGAUGCAGAUGUGAAUCCACCUGCCAAAGAAGGGGAGGAGAACGGCACAAGUUGCAGUGAAGCAACACCUCUCCCGAUAACAUCGCCGGAUGAGCAAGCUGCAACAACCAACGGGAAAGAAACGACAGAGAAUGGUGGCGGGAUGGUUUCCUUCCUGCAGUGAAUUACUAGAAACGACCCUAAAAUGUUGUUCACUGGUGGUUACAUAUAUUUGUCAGACAACUGAAUACAGCAUAACAAACUCAGCUUAACAAAAAGUCUCUUGUCAUGACUUUCGAGUUAGAAACUAGCGAUUUAUCUUUGACAUGAAAAGGUGUAAAUAACAUGAUCAGGCAAAUGGAUUUAUUUAAUGGUCAGCACUUUCAGAUUUGGCAAAUGAAACUGUGUAGAUUUCUUUUUUUAUUAUUAUUUUACGUAAACAACCUAGUAAAAAAUAUGUAGAGUUGUGUAUAUUUUUUAGUGCACCUUCGCUUCUUUCAGUUCAUGGUUCAGUUCUCCAAACAGACACCAGAUGUCAGUAUAACUUCUUCCAGUUUUGUUUUUAAUAUUUUUAAUGGUUCAUGACUGAAUGUAUUUUGCAUUGCUUUGCAUUGUGUUUGAUAUAUUUAUCUACAAAUCGUGUGCCUUCAUGUAUUCAUUUUUAAAAAUAAGAAGUAGAAAAUGUUGCCACAAGUGCUCAUUCUGUUAAAAAUGUAUCCGCAGCGUCAAAUGUGACAGCAAAAAAAAAAAA